CAUCUGAUCUCCCAUUUAAUAAUACGUUAUGAAAUUUGCAUUUUUGUUGUCAAUAUUUGUCAUACAAUACUUGGUGUACAACCAAUUCAAUUAUGUGGAGAGUCGGCCAUCAAUUCACGUGACAACCCGUGUGUGUGAUUCCCGACAGUUCCUCACACUAUACCAAAGGACGUGUACUUAUUAUGGAAAGAGAAAUAGAAAUUCAAAUAUAAUUUUUCAUUACGGAUCCUAUAGAGUCCAACGCGAUAUAUCAAACCAAUUGGACUCCGAUCCGGCGCCAGAAUUGGCCAGAAAAUGCUGUGAAGAGGGAUGUAGUGUUGAACUCAUUGGAUUGCAUUGUAAUCGAGAGUUUAAAAGAAAAUAAAACUUCAAUUUAGCAAUUAAUCUUAACUUUGGUUUUAU